UCUGUGUGGUGACCUCAGCCCUCUGACCUCUUUGCAGGCUGCCUUCUGAAGUGCUCUGGCCAUGGCCUCUGUGACCCCAUCACGAAGCGCUGCAUUUGCUCCCAGCUGUGGAUGGAGAACCUGAUACAGAGCUACAUCCAUGAUGGGGAGAGCAACUGCGAGUGGAGUGUAUUCUACGUGACAGUGCUGGUUCUGACCCUCCUAGUGCUCACAGGGGUGUUGACUUGGCUUUGCAUCUGCUGCUGCAAGAGGCGAAAAAGGACUAAAAUAAGGAAAAAAACAAGGUAUACCAUCCUAGAUAACAUGGAUGACCAGGAGAGAAUGGAGCUGAGACCCAAAUAUGGUAUCAAGCACCGCAGCACAGAGCACAACUCCAGCCUGAUGGUGUCAGAGUCUGAGUUGGACAGUGACCAGGACACCAUCUUUAGCCGAGAAAGAAUGGAGAGAGGGAAUCCAAAGGUUUCCAUGAAUGGCUCCAUCAGAAAUGGCACUUCCUUCAGCUACUGCUCAAAGGACAGAUAAUGCUGCUGCUGUGAAAAGAAGGAUGGCCCAGGAGUCCUUCAUCCAGUGCCCGAGGGAGUUCACACACCGUGGCCUGGAUAUGUGGGAGGCAGGAUAUGUGUCUCCACAUUUGAAAAGACUCGUUUUCAUGAGGUUUUUGAGACACAAAAUCAAACAAGAACAUUGCUUUCUCCACUGGGAUACUUGUGAAUAGGAAUAAAGGCUGGGCAGGAAGCUAAGUUGUUUUUGUUUUUAAGAUUGAUUUAUUUAUACAUACAAGAACUGGGGUACAGGCCACAGUGUGAGGGGGCAAGAAGAUUCACCAGAGAGAGUGGGGAGUAGAACAGGCAGAUCGACUGAAAUACACUGCUGAGGGGAGCAACGGGCAAGACAGGAGAGGUCUGCUGCGCCAUGUGGGUCAGAUCCCUGGCCGGGGAUCCAACUCGUGCUGCGUUGGCUGCAGAUAGCUUCACAGUACUGCGUCUUAACCCCUUGCACCACCAGGGAGGCACCACCAGUUUCGUGGUUUUGUGGCUGAUCCAGUAUAUCUUGUCUGUGUUCAAAUAAAGAUUAACACCUGUUUCUAACUGCUUUAGGGAAGGUGAGUUAAAUAUGGAUUUAAAGAGGUCUCACUUAUCUCAGAAGCUAUGUAUGCCCUUAAGGCUGACUUUGCAAACAACUCUGAGUGGAUCCAUAAACUCAGAAGACUUAUGAUGGUUUCUCUUGGGCCUGGCUUGACUUCUGUGCCACAAGCUUUCUGUGUCAGCUUGCAAUACCCAGACAGAGCAAAGCCCCCUGGUUUAACUUCUUCAUUUUUGUCAACCACCGUUUCUGUGCUCUUUCUAGAAAGCAGAUCUUGGAUGUUUGACAGCUCAAUAAAAAUUGCAUUCCGAGGAGGAGGUUAUCGACAAGGAGGGACUUGUAGACUGAACAUUGAAGCCAGUCUUUUUACAUUCUUUACCUUUUCAUUCUCCUAUAAAAAACCUCCAUUGAGUCCUCUCUUAGGCCCAUUUUACAUUAAACACAAUAAAUGUGAUUAACUCACAAAAUAUUUAUGGGGGCUAUAAUGUAGGCCAUGCGUGCUGACUGCUGUAGAUAGAGCUCAAGAACUAGUGAUUUUGCAUCUGUCCCCAAACUCUGAAAUGCCAUCCGUCUUCAUUAGGAUGGCACAUUCUUGAUACUCUGGGUUCCCACAUGCGCUUUCUGUAAUAAUAAUUUAACAUU